CAACAUAAUAGCAUUAUUUUGUGAGCUGUCUCUAACACGCAAAGGUGAGACUGGCCUUUAGUUUUUCCUCUGUGAAUUUGGUUUUCUGACCCACUGCUGGUUACUCCAAGCAAGAAACAUGCUCAGACCACGGUUUUUGCCUCCAGAUGACCGAACUGUACGUGAAAGUGAGAGAAAAGCUGCCAAGCUACAUUUUAGUCAGUUGGGCAACAGUGAAAAUUUUCUUUUAGAGGUGGAAAAAAGCUCUAGGGAGAAGACAAUGAAAAACUGUGUGACAGAUGAAAGCUCUGCAUCAAAAGUCAGUGCUGAUGUUGACACCAGAAUUGAAACAGAUUCAAACAAAGGACUUUUUAUUCCUCUCCCCAACCGGGAAAUAAAGGAUUCCCUAACAAGUACUUCUGCAACCCAGGGCCAUGGUACACCAGAUCAGAAAUUAGACACUUUCCCACCGGGGACACAGAUGCAGGAAGUGGCAAGAAGGGAGAUGCCAAGUGACAAUCACCAGGAAGAUGAAUUCAGACACUACUCACCUCGUCAACCCACAGUCAGAUCCGCAGAGAAGAUGACUAGAGAAGGAUAUCGAAUACCUUUUUUUGACAAUACAUCUUCAGGUUCUUCUCCGGAAAAGGACUUGAUACCAAAACCUGAUACAUACCAGCUUAUCCAUGAUGCCUCCCUGAGUAAACGCCUGGACGUGGGUGAUGCUGGCCAGAUCCAUCCCUAUCCAUUACCUUCAGAUGUUGGUCUGGAAAAUUAUGAUAGUCUUUUUUCGCAAACUCUAUCCAUGCACAGAAGUCUUGGUAAAAGGCCUCAGAGAAGCAAGAACUAUCAAGAAUAUGGCAUAAAGCCUUCAGAUGACAUAAAGGCCACCAUAUCCCAUUCCUGUGGAGACUUACUGACUUCUCAAUCAAACACUGACUCAAGCACUGAAAGGCUCUUGAAACUUAGUGCAGAUCUGUAUGCCACAACCCAUUUCAACAGUGACCCUGCUCUUCUGGCCAAUGUAGAGCAACAGUUAUCCACCAGCCUUGGUGAUUUAACACCAGCACAUGGUUCUUUCCCAAACAACCCUGUCCUGGGAAACAGGACAACUCCUCUGCGGACACUGCUGUUGCCUCCUGGGACUUCAGAAGACAGAGAGAUUUUGACCAAGAGGUCAUUAAACCCAUCAAAGAGAGGAUUCAAAGGGAAGGACAAUAUCCUUGCCAACCUGAAUCCAAAGCAUGGUUCCAGAGAUGCUAAAGGCAGUGAGCCUCUCUCUAGUGACCUGGGCAGUUUGCAUGGUUUGCCAGGAAACCACAGUCCACCGAUCUCUGCCAGAACCCCCCAUGUGGCCACUGUCCUCAGAAAGCUCCUGGAGCUUGUGGAUAAGCACUGGAGUGGCACUGGCUCCCUCCUCCUCAACAAGAAGUUCCUUGGUCCUGCCCGAGAUUUGCUUCUGUCUUUGGUAGUCCCGGCUCCUUCUCACCAGUGGGGUCGCUCACAUCCUGAAGAUAUGACAAAAGCCUUCCACAGAAGGGAGCUUGAACUGAAGGAGGCUGGGCAUUUGGUCCCUAAUGACAUGGAAAGUUUGAAGCAAAAACUGGUCAGAGUGCUAGAGGAAAACCUCAUUUUGUCAGAAAAAAUCCAGCAGUUAGAGGAAGGUGCUGCCACCUCCACUGUGAGUGGGCACCAGUCCCAUGCUUACGAUGAUCUUCUACGAAAAAACCAACAGCUGACCAUGCAAGUGGCUUGUCUGAACCAGGAGCUUGCCCAGCUGAAAAAGCUGGAGGAGACAGUUGCCCUUCUCCAUGAAAGUCAAAGAUCCCUGGUGGUAACUAAUGAGUAUCUGCUGCAGCAGCUGAAUAAAGAGCAAAAAGGUUAUUCUGGGAAAGCGCUCCUGCCUCCUGAGAAGAGUCAUCAUUUGGGGAGCUCUUCGCCCUUUGGGAAAAGCACAUUGUCUUCCUCCUCACCAGUGACACAUGACACGGGUCAGUAUCUAAUACAGAGCGUCUCAGAUGCUGUCCCAGAGCCUAGCUUGUGGAGCUAGCAUGGCACACCUGCACUGCAGCUUCCCUCUCAUCCAUGGAGGCACUCAGUGCCAGCACCACUGGUAUGAUAUCCACAAAGAUUCAGAAAAAAACGUAUUCUGAUUA